GUCCGCGUAGCCGCGCUGGGUCGGCCUGGGUGGAGGCGAAGAUACCGCCAGGGCCUGCGGGGGCCUGCGGGGCGCCCUGCUGGCCGGGCUGGCGCACGCCGGUGCCAGUUGAGGUCGCGCAGGGACUUUACACGCGUUCUGAGUCAGGAUCGCUCGUACUCUGACGGACCCUGGACCGUGACUCGGGGCCGAGGGAGAGCACCGACAGCAAGCACCCCCUGUCCCGGGCACCCGGAGCGGGCGCCGGGCUCCAGGCCGGGGCUGAGGCGGUGUCAGCCCCCUAAGCUCCAGCCCUUUCGGGAGAGGGAGAGCAGGUGAUGACAGCCAUGCUCCUGACAGCUUGGCCCCAGGGCUGAGCCAUGGAAUUGGCCCUAGGGCAGCGGGACCCUGUUGUUUCAGAAGUUGGUGACCUUUGAGGAUGUGGCUGUGUACUUCACUCCAGCAGAAUGGGAUGGCCUCUCCGCUGCACAGAGAGCCCUGUACAGGGACGUGAUGCUGGAGAACUAUGGGAACGUGGCCUCCCUCGGAUUUCCUCUUCUCAAGCCUGCUGUGAUCUCACAACUGGAAGGAGGAGAUGAGUUGAGGGGCCCAUUUCCACUGGCCAUUGGAGCUGGAAUGGGUCCCCGAGACUUCUGGGCUGUGAACGUUGAUGUCCAGACUGGCCAUAAUUUGACAAAGGAAAUGUGCGAAGAAAAAGACAGUGCAUCGGUUGAACUUCCCAGGGGCUUUCCCCAGGAAACAGGCUUUUCAGCCGCCGGUGUGCUGGGGCAGUGGAGGCAGGAACUCCCCUCGGCAGGGUGUGUGAAGAGGGAGGACCGAAGUGCCGCUGGUGGAACGGUGAAAGAUGAGGCGAGCCCCGCAGAAGAGUGUCUCACCUGUCAGAGUCCAGACUUGUUUCAGCAUCCUACAAUCUGUCCUGGGGAGCAGGACCCUGAGUCUACAGCCUUUGGCUUUGAUACAAAACUCACGAAGCAUGAACUAACUAAUACUGGGGAGACAUUUUUGAAUUGUGAAGACUCAGUGGACACCUUUAGAUGUGACCCUCAGCUUCAUCCACAUCUAGAGAGCCACACCGAGAAGGCUGAUCAGUGCACGGACUGCGGCAGGGCCUUCAGUGGCAGUGCAAAAUUAAUCUGCCAUCCAAGAGAUCAUAGUGGAGAGAAACCCUUCAAAUGUGUGGAGUGUGGGAGGUGCUUCAGCUACAGUUCCCACUACCUCACACACCGGGCGACCCACAGUGGGGAGAAGCCUUACCAGUGCCAGGUGUGCGGGAAGGCCUUCCGCGUGAAUGGGAGUCUACGCAGGCACCAGAGGACCCACACCGGAGAGAGGCCCUAUCCGUGCCAGCAGUGUGGGAAUGGCUUCAGCUGCAGCUCUGCCUACAUCACACAUCAGAGAGUCCACACUGGAGAGAAACCCUACGAGUGUCAGGACUGUGGGAAAGCUUUCAAUGUCAAUGCAAAGUUAAUCCAACACCAGAGAAUCCACACUGGAGAGAAGCCUUACGAGUGCAGCGAGUGUGGGAAGGGCUUCCGGUGCAGCUCCCAGCUUCGGCAGCACCGGAGCGUCCACACCGGGGAAAAGCCCUUCCAGUGCCCCGAGUGUGGGAAAGCCUUCAGCAACCAUGCCAAGCUCGUGCAGCACCAGAGGGUCCACACGGGCGAGAAGCCCUACGGCUGCAGCGAGUGUGGCAGGGCCUUCAGUGCCAAAGGGAAGCUGGUCCAGCACCAGAGGGUCCACACGGGGGAGAAGCCGUACGCGUGCCUCGAGUGUGGGAAAGCCUUCAGGUGCAACUCGCAGCUCCGGCAGCACGUGAGAACCCAUACUGGAGAGAAGCCCUACGCGUGCAACGAGUGUGGAAAGGCCUUCAGCGUCAAUGCCAAACUAAUGCAGCAUCAGAGAAUUCACACUGGAGAGAAGCCCUUCCAGUGCAGCGAGUGUGGGAAAUGCUUUACUUCCAAGAGAAACCUCCUGGAUCACCAUCGAAUCCACACCGGGGAAAAACCCUUCCGGUGCAAAGAGUGCGGGAAAGCCUUCAGCAUCAACGCCAAGCUGACCAGACACCAGCGAAUACACACCGGGGAGAAGCCGUUCAAGUGUGCGGAGUGUGAGAAAGCGUUCAGCUGUAGUUCUGACUACAUUGUGCACCAGAGAAUCCACACUGGAGAGAAACCCUUCCAGUGUAAGGAGUGUGGCAAAGCCUUUCAUGUCAAUGCCCAUUUAAUCCGGCAUCAGAGAAGCCACACGGGGGAGAAGCCAUUCCGCUGCAUGGAGUGUGGCAAAGGCUUCAGCUUCAGCUCUGACUGCAUCAUCCACCAGACUGUCCACACGUGGAAGAAGCCCUAUGUGUGCAAGGUGUGUCACAGGGCUUUCAGGUUUAGCUUCCAACUUAAUCAGCACCAGAGUAUCCAUGAGGAAGCAAAGCCCUAGUAGCAAGAAGGGUGAAGAAGAUGAAAGGUUAAUGCCCCAGGGGGUUGUGUGCACAUCUUCACAGUUAUCCUGGGAGAAGGCCCUGAGAGGGGAAUGAAGGUGGCGGAGACUUCAAGGCUUUCCUGUUUCAUUCAAUUGUCUAUCACGAAUGGAUGGCCAGUUAAAAUGGUAUAUCUAACUAACCAAUCAGGAACUGUGGAAAUAUCCCCAGAAGCAUGGAGAAAGUAGAUUUUUCAAGGAAUAAACAAUUGUUUUGCAGCAUAUGUAUGGAAAUUAUAAUACUCCAUUGAGGACCACCAAAAGAUACUUGAAUAAAAGGACACUGAGAGAAAUGUUCUUGGAUUGGAAAGUCCAUAUAAUAGAAAUUUCAAACCAGGCACUUGUAAUCCUAGCUACUCGGGAGGCCGAGAUAUGAGGAUCACGGUUCAAAGCCAGCCAGGACAGGGAAGUCUGUGAGACUCUC